AUGAAUAGGAAAUAUGUCAAACCGCCUUAUUCUUAUGCUAAAUUGAUCACCAUGGCCAUCGACAGUACAACCGAUAAGAAAAUGCUCUUGAAGGAUAUAUACGAAUGGGUCGAAACGAAAUAUCCAUUUUAUAAGUACACUUCAAAUAAAGGAUGGAAGAACUCCAUACGUCAUAAUUUAUCCUUGAAGCCUUACUUUAUUAAGUUGGAUCGUAGUGGCCGCGUUUGCAAUUCGUCAGAAAGUAAAGGUUGCUAUUGGAUGCUCGCACCA